UCGCCGUGUCCGGAGAUGCUGGAAGUGGAAAGCCUCCAUUCUCCAUUCCUCACUCUCCACUUGUGACCCCGAGGAGCCGAUAUAGACUCCUCUUUCACAACUCACUCGAUAUCCAUCAAGUCAGAAUACUCAGCCCCAAAAAUGUGUAAAAAGGCUACCUGCGGAACCUGCAAGAAGACCUCCUGGUGGGGUUGUGGCAGCCAUAUUCAGUCCGUUAUCGACAACGUCCCUGAGGCUGAGCGUUGCGAGUGCGAGCCCAAGGUUGACGUUGGCGGUGCUUCAUACCCGCCUAUGGCUGCGUCUCCCAACUGACUUAUCGAGAGAGCUGCGGCUCUGGUUCUAUGGACGCGCGGCAAGAAAGCGACAUGGUCACCCACUGGUGUUGUGGAGGAGCCAUUGUAGUGUUCCUGAUGUGAGGCGAUUGCAGGAGAUCAUGGAUUGGCGUGCGUGGCGUUGGGUUGACUCAGAAAAUAGGGUUGGUGGUUGAAGACUACGUGAAUAAGAAACUAUCAGCAAAUACUCGAGGCAAUCAUUUCCCAUUCUCGUGAACUGUUAUCGUG